AUGACAAAUAUCAAAUCAUUUGAGGUUGCAGAUCCAUUGAACUCCAGCCUUGAAGGUUUUGCCCUUUGCAACCCUUCCAUCAAAUUAGUUCACUCUGAGAAGUUUCUUUUUAGAAAGACUUCAUCAGAUAAGAUUGCCCUGAUUUCUGGCGGUGGGAGUGGUCAUGAACCUGCCCAUGCGGGUUUCAUUGGGGAAGGGAUGCUAAGUGGUGCUGUUUGCGGUGAUGUGUUCGCCUCUCCUUCCACUAAGCAAAUUCUUAAUGGUAUUCAAUUGGUAUCCGAAAAUGCCAAAGGUGUAUUGUUAAUUGUUAAAAAUUACACUGGUGAUGUGUUGCAUUUUGGUUUGUCGGCAGAGAGAGCCAGAGCAUUAGGAAUUGAUUGUCAUGUGGUAGUUGUUGGGGACGAUGUUGCUGUUGGUAGAGAAAAGGGUGGUAUGGUUGGUAGAAGAGCUUUAGCUGGAACUGUCCUUGUUCAUAAAAUUGUUGGUGCAUUUGCUGAAAAAUAUUCUUCCAAAUAUGGGUUGGAAGGAACUGCUAAAGUUGCUAGAAUCGUAAAUGAUAAUCUAGUUACCAUUGGUUCCUCUCUAGACCAUUGUAAGGUCCCUGGUAGAAAAUUCGAAAGUGAAUUGAAUGAAAAACAAAUGGAAUUAGGUAUGGGCAUCCAUAAUGAGCCAGGUGUUAAAGUUUUGGAACCAAUUCCAUCCACUGAAGAUCUAAUCCUAAAGCACAUGCUACCAAAACUAUUGGACCCAACUGAUAAGGAUAGAUCAUUUGUUACUUUUGACAAAGAUGACGAAGUUGUCUUACUAAUCAACAAUCUAGGUGGAGUAUCUAACCUGAUCAUCUCGUCAAUUGCCUCAAUUACUAAUGACUUUUUGAAGAAGAAUUACGGCAUUAAACCUGUAAAAGUUAUUGCUGGAACAUUAAUGACUUCCUUUAAUGGGAAUGGAUUCAGCAUAACAUUGUUGAAUGCAUCAAAGGCAACAAAUGCUAUUUCAAAGGAAUUCACUGAUGUUAACUCAGUCUUAGACUUGAUUAAUGCUUACACAGAUGCACCAGGUUGGCCCAUUGCUGAUUUUGAAGGCAAACAGCCACCAUCUGAAAACCAUGAAAUAUUACAUAAUGAUGUUAAAGUGAAGGAAGUUGGUACCUAUGAUUUUAAUAAAUUUUCCCAAUGGAUGAAUGCAGGUGCUGAACAAAUUAUUAAAUCUGAACCACAUAUUACUUCCUUGGAUUCUCAAGUUGGUGAUGGUGAUUGUGGGUAUACCUUGGUUGCAGGUGUGAAAGGCAUUACUGAAAACUUAGAUACGCUAUCUAAGGAGUCACUAUCUGUUGCAGUAGCUCAACUCUCUGAUAUCAUUGAAGCUUCCAUGGGUGGUACUUCAGGUGGGUUAUACUCUAUUUUAAUUUCAGGGUUCUCUCACGGUUUAAUUCAAAUCUUGAAGAAUAAGGAUGAUCCUGUCACAGCUGAUGUUGUUGCUCAAGCUUUUGAAAUUGCCCUAGAUACUUUAUACAAAUACACUAAAGCUAGAAAGGGGUCAUCUACUCUUGUUGAUGCAUUGGAGCCAUUUAUCAAAGAAUUUUCUAAAUCUAAAGAUUUUAAGAAGGCAGUGAAAGCGGCUGAUGAGGGUGCCAAAUCCACAGCAACAUUUGAGGCCAAAUUUGGAAGAGCCUCAUACGUUGGCGAUUCAUCAAAAGUAGAAGAUCCAGGUGCUGUUGGUUUUACAGAAUUUUUGAAGGGUAUCGAGUCUGUCUUUUGA